AUGGAACCACCAGUGGAUCCCGAUUUUGACGCCGUGGAGGCCUCUCGCCAGAACAGGCGUCCCUCAUCUCAGGCGUUCCGGGAUAAUUUUGUGGAUCUGACCAAUGACUCGGGCAAUGAUUCGGAUAUUGAAGAAGUGUUCCCCAGGUCAAGAUCUGUGGUUAGUUCUGAGACCGAAGAUGACCACGAGCGUGAGCAGUUGCAACGUGCUAUUGCUAUGUCGAUGGAGCCUAGCGAACAGACCAAAAACUCCGAGAAUGCACGGCCUGUCAAACACGCAACUGCCCCACAUGAGGUUGCUGUAGCUUCGGCAGGUUCGCUGUUGAGCAUGAACCGGAAGCAGAUGGAGGAGGAGCGUCUUGCACGUCUCGCUAAGCGCAAGGCUGACGACUCUUCGUCCACUCCGCCAUCUCAGGCUAGCCGGAAGCUCCCUAGGACAGAGCCAGCCUGCCCCUCUAUCGCUAUACGCAAUCCGGUUCAAUCUGCUCCCCAGGUGAGCACGACUCGAGUGAGAUCUCACACCGAAGUCUGCCGAGAGCUUACAUCAAAUGCCCCGAAUAACGUCCAACCUACCUCCCGCUCAGUGGCCCAGUGGCCUCUUGGUGCUGUCAAGAAAACGCACAUCACUGGCUUCCCUCGCAGUGGAAACGAAAUCACAAUCGAAGAAGUCAUCCAGCGAGACGACCUGGAGUUGGGCGUAUUUAGCUCAUUUCUGUGGGACAUGCCAUGGCUUUAUUCCAAGUUUAACAACUUGACCACACGAAUCAUAUUCGUCAUGCAAGCAAACGACGAAGAGACGCGAGAACAAUAUCGCCAGGACGUUAAAAACAUGCCAAAUUUCCGCCUGUGUUUCCCACCUAUGGAGCCCCAGGUCUUCUGUAUGCAUUCUAAGCUGCUUCUGAUGUUCCACCCGGGAUAUCUUCGCAUUGCAGUCCCAUCUGCCAAUCUCACUUCCACUGACUGGGGAGAGGAUAGGCUUAUGGAAAACACUGUGUUCCUUAUUGAUCUGCCCAAACUCAAAGUUCCUGAUGCUGGAAAGACUCCGUUCUAUGAAGAACUAGUCUACUUCCUCCAGGCUUCAGAGCUACACCGCAACAUUGUCAAGAAGCUAGAUGAGUUUGACUUCACCGAGACGAAGCGCUAUGCAUUUGUUCAUACAGUUGGUGGAUCCAAUACCGAAGGCAAAUGGCAACGCACUGGAUUCAGUGGCUUGGGUCGUGCCGUCAAAACUCUCGGCCUAGAGACAAAGGCACCCAUUAACAUCGACUACAUUGCAUCAUCGUUGGGAAAUAUCAACAUCCCAUUCCUGCGAUCCAUUUAUCUCGCCUGCAAGGGUGACAAUGCUCUGCUAGAAUACGACCUCCGGACUGCCAGCAGGAAUAACAAAGAGCUUGUGACAGCGCACAACAAAGAAUGUGUUGACCACUUCCGUAUCUACUUCCCAUCAGACGAGACCGUACGAGGCGUGCACAACAACCCCAAAUACGCCAUUGGCACGAUCUGCUUCAAUCCAGCCUGGUGGUCGAGUGUCAAUUUCCCGCGUGACACACUUAGAGAUUGCGUCAGUGAGCGCGGAGUCUUGAUGCAUAACAAGCUUGCCUUCGUCCACCCUUCCACCCCGAUCGAUAUGCCUGACAACAAGGAGUGCCGCGGUUGGGCUUAUGUGGGAAGUGCGAAUUUGUCGGAGAGUGCAUGGGGCCGUAUCGUCAAGGAUCCUAAGACCAAACAGCUGAAGAUGAAUUGUCGCAACUGGGAAUGUGGCGUGCUCGUGCCUAUCAUCAAUGAGAAGACCGGGGAGAAAGAUAAGGGACCAGAAACGGAGGGAACUGUUUCUUCGGCUCCUCUCCCAGCAGAGGUCUUUAACAAUACUGUUCCUGUCCCGAUGAGAGUUCCCGCUGUUCCAUUAGCGGAGAACCGAAGACCUUUCUUCUUUGGGGUUUGA